AUGGAGGAAGUAAUAGCACGUAUGCAGGAUGAGAAAAAUGGCAUCCCAAUCCGAACAGUGAAAAGUUUUCUAACCAAGAUCCCAAGUGUUUUUUCAGGUUCUGAAAUUGUACAGUGGAUGAUCAAGAAUCUGGACAUCGAAGAUCAAGUGGAGGCUCUUCACCUAGGAACUCUGAUGGCUGCACAUGGUUACUUCUUCCCCAUCUCAGACCAUGUCCUCACUCUCAAAGAUGAUGGCACUUUCUAUAGGUUUCAGACUCCAUACUUCUGGCCAUCAAACUGCUGGGAACCAGAAAACACAGACUAUGCUGUUUACCUCUGCAAAAGAACAAUGCAAAAUAAAGCACGUCUGGAGCUUGCAGACUAUGAAGCGGAGAGCCUAGCAAGGCUACAGAGAGCUUUCGCCAGGAAAUGGGAGUUCAUUUUUAUGCAAGCAGAAGCACAAGCGAAAGUGGACAAGAAAAGAGACAAAAUUGAGAGGAAAAUUCUCGACAGUCAGGAAAGAGCAUUCUGGGACGUGCACAGACCAGUGCCUGGAUGUGUGAAUACAACGGAAGUCGACAUAAAGAAGUCCUCCAGAAUGAAAAACCCUCACAAAACCAGAAAGUCUGUGUAUGGGCUGCAAAACGAUAUCCGUACACACAGCCCAACCCACACCCCCGCCCAGGCCAAGCAGCCUACAGAAGAAGAACUGCAGGAACAGAUCACCUAUUGGCAAUUGCAAUUAGACAGGCAUCGACUGAAAAUGUCCAAAGUGGCGGAGAGUUUGCUGGGCUACACAGAGCAGUAUGUUGAAUAUGACCCCUUCCUCACGCCUUCAGAUCCAUCUAACCCCUGGAUCUCAGAUGACGCUACACUCUGGGAGCUCGAAGCCAGUAAGGAGCCAGGCCAGCAGAGGGUAAAGAGGUGGGCUUUUGGCAUCGAUGAGGUUCUCAAAGAUCCUGUGGGGAGAGAGCAGUUCCUCAAGUUCCUAGAGUCUGAGUUCAGCUCAGAGAAUCUCAGGUUCUGGCUAGCUGUCCAGGAACUAAAGAAACGUCCCAUCAGAGAAGUUCCAACUCGGGUUCAAGAGAUCUGGCAGGAGUUUCUGGCCCCUGGAGCGCCCAGUGCCAUCAACGUUGACUCCAAGAGCUACGACAAAACCACCCAGAAUGUCAAAGAUCCUGGACGCUAUGCCUUCGAGGAUGCACAGGAACACAUCUACAAGUUGAUGAAGAGUGAUUCUUACAGCCGUUUCAUCCGUUCCAGUGCCUACCAAGAGUUAUUACAGGCCAAGAAGAAGAAAAGUAAGAACUUGUUCUGAAGGCUCUUGAUUCCAGGGGAAACCACUGACAUCCAAGAGGCUGACCAGUCGUGUGCCAUCAUGCUAAAAUCAAUGCCAUCUCUCUCUCUGGGACAUGGAGAGGGGGACCAUCUCAUCUCUUCGUCAUCAUUGUCUGUUCAUCCACUCUUGGCUCAGCUGGGCAAUGAGCCGGGCCGUCUGUUUGUCUGUUGUCCACCGGAUGUUGCAUGUCCAUGGAGAGGAGGUUCCUUCUUCUCUCUCCUCUUACAGUUCCUGAUAAAUUUCCAGUAUUCUCAGAAAGGAGGCACUGCUGGACUUGUGAGGACACUGACUGGUGAGAUGAAAAAUAUCAGAUCCAGUGUUCCAGUUCCUUCUAUCAUAACAGCUGGAUCGGAGCCCCCUCUCUCACUUCCAGCUGAAACAAAUGAUGUCAGAGAGAAAAAACACAUAGAAAAGAUAUAUAAAAUGACAACUUAAACUGAUAAAUCUAACCAAUGUCAUUGCUUUACAUGAUCUGAGGUCACAGAUACUUUGUCACGCUAUGGGAAGUGUUGUGCAGAAUGAAUAUACUAU